AUGCCGAACGGAAACAAGCAGAGCGUGCAAAAUACAUCUGAUUAUAUCUUCUCCCCUCAACAUGCAAGUAUUGUAUGCAUUGGCGCUGGUGUAUCUGGGAUUGCACUAGCCAUUGAAUUGCAGCAGAAGUUGGAAGACUUUGAGUUGUGCAUUUACGAGAAAAACUCGGACAUCGGUGGCACGUGGCUAGAGAAUCGUUAUCCUGGAUGUGCUUGUGACGUUCCCGCCCAUGCUUACACCUACACUUUUGAGCCCAAUCCAGAAUACUCUCAGUAUUAUGUUGGCUCUAGUGAGAUUCAUGACUAUCUCACAAAAGUAGUUCAAAAGUACGACAUUCGCAAAUACAUCCACUUCAACCACAAGCUUGUGUCUGCUAUUUGGUCCAAGACUCUAGGUGUGUGGGAUCUUGACGUAGAGGUGUCUUCGCAAGAAGAUGUUCCAAGCACGACGAUCAUCAAAAGAUCAUGCAACAUCCUCAUCAAUGCUGGGGGGGUUUUGAACAAUUGGAAGUGGCCUGAAAUUCCUGGCUUGCAUGACUUCAGAGGACCCUUGAUACAUUCCGCGCAAUGGCAGCAUGACCAAGACUUGCACAACAAGACGGUGGCUGUGAUUGGUGCUGGCUCCUCGGGUGUUCAGAUUAUUCCUGCUCUGCAACCAAUCGCUGCGAAGUUGUAUGCUUUCAUCAGAUCCCCAACCUGGAUUGCCCCAUCUCGAGGGUUUAUCGACCCCCCUGGAGAGGCUAAUGGGAAAAUCGAUAUGGUUUAUACUGACGAGGAUAAAAAAAAGUUCCGUGAUGAUCCCGAUUAUUUCCUCCAAUACCGUAAAAGUAUUGAGAGUAACUUGAAUCGCAUCAUCGAUGUGUUCCUGAAAGACAGCCAGAGACAAGCCGGCGCAAGACAGGUUUUUGCUGAUACUAUGAAAGCCAGACUUGGAGCCGAUAGCGUUCUUGUUGAGAAGCUUAUCCCAAGUCAUUCUGUCGGAUGCAGGCGUUUGACACCUGGACAAGGAUUUCUAGAGGCCCUACGUGCACCUAAUGUCGAGGUUGUUACCAGCGAGACUGAGCGCGCUGUGGCCGAUGGGCUGAUCACCACAGAUGGUCUUCUCCUCAAAGUCGACGCUAUUGUGUGCGCUACCGGGUUUGAUACCAGCUGUCGCCCUCGUUUUCGUCUUGUAGGGGAGGAUGCGGUAGAUUUGGCGGAGCUGUGGAAGAACUCAGAUGAUGUUGAAGCAUAUCUUGCCCUUGGUAUUCCACGCUUUCCCAAUUAUUUCAUGUUUAUUGGGCCGAAUGCACCGAUCUCCAAUGGGACCUUGAUUCCGGUUAUUGAGAGGCAAGCUUCAUAUAUGUCGUCAAUGAUCCGGCGGAAAUACCAGCGGCAGCGCACCAAAUCCUUUUCGCCAUCAGUGCGUGCAACCGCGCUGUUGAACCAGCACCACCAGAAAGCAUUACAGCGCUAUGUCUGGACAGACAGCUGUAAGAGUUGGUACAAGUCUGGCAAGAAGGAAGGCAAGGUCAUUGGUCCCUGGCCUGGAAGCAGUUUGCACUAUUUUGAAGCAAUUGCGGAUCCGAAAUAUGAAGACUGGGAAUAUACCUACUGGAACAAUGAGGCUGACUCGGUUGGCAAGCUGGGUGUUGAUGGAAUGUGGCAAUAUUUGGGCAACGGAUCCACCCUGGCUGAAUUAGAGGACGAAAGGACAGGGGGAAAGGAAGAUUUGGCAUGGUAUCUUGGAUAG